CAUCGUGAGAAAUCUCGCUCUGGGUGCCAUUUUGUGCUUUUAUUUUAAAAUCGGGGUCAUUCCUCCGGGUUUCGUCGAUCCCUGGCGAGUCUCCCAGCCGCCCCGCUCCCUCCUCCCCAGCCGUUGGCGACCUGACAGCGGGCAGAGCCGCAUGAUUCUCCCGGGCAGGUUCACUCCUCCUUCUCCUCCUGCGCGAUGAGGCUCCGUCUGGCCGGGGCCGUGCUGCUGGCGGCGGCCGCCUACUACGUGUACCUGCCGCUGCCGAGCGGCGUGAGCGAGCCGUGGAAGCUGAUGCUGCUGGACGCGCUGUUCCGGAGCUUCAUGCGGGCGAGUGACGCGGCCCACAGCCUGGGCGUGUGCCACCGUGUUCACCUGCUGAGCCGGGUGGUGUCCUGGGUGGAGGUGAUCGAGCCUCGCUCCAGUCCCACGGUGAACGUGACCGACUCCACCCUGGGAGGCGUCCCCACCCGCGUGUUUCAGCCAAACGGAGAAAGCAAGCUGAGAAGAGGAGUCAUCUAUUUCCACGGAGGAGGCUGGGCGCUCGGCAGCGCCAAGAUGCGCUCCUACGACCGUCUUUGUCGGAAAAUGGCGGAGGAUCUGGACGCCGUCGUAAUGUCUGUGGAUUACCGCCUGGCUCCAGAGGCCGUGUUCCCGGAUCAGUACCACGACGCCGUGGCAGCGUCGCGGGCCUUCCUGUCUGCUGAACUGUUGCAGCGGUACGGCAUCGACCCGGAGCGGCUCUGUGUGUCCGGAGACAGCGCUGGAGGAAACCUGGCUGCUGCUGCGGCGCAGGAGCUCAGCCUGAAUGACUCGCUGCAGGUGAAAUUCAAAGCCCAGGCGCUGAUCUACCCGGUUCUGCAGGCUCUGGACUUCCACACGCCGUCGUACCAGCAGAACCAGGCCGUGCCCAUCCUCUACAGGCCUUACAUGGCCCGCUUCUGGCUGCAGUACCUGGGCGCCGACUCCUCCCUGGAGCCCGACCUGCUGGCCAACAACCACAGCGCCCUGGACCAGCGGGCCAUCAGCGCCGCCACCCGCUCCAAGCUCAACUGGACCGUUCUGCUGCCGGCCGAGCGCAAGAAGAACUUCAAGCCGGUCGUUAAGGAGAAGGGGUCGCCGGGCGUGGUGGGCGCGGUGCCGGGCCUGGUAGACCUGAGGGCGGCGCCGCUGCUGGCGGAGCAGGAGGUUCUGGGUAAAACGCCCAAAGCGUAUGUGAUGACGUGCGAGUUUGACGUUUUGCGGGACGACGGGCUGAUGUACGUCAGGCGGCUGCGGGACGCCGGCGUCGAGGUGACGAGUGACCACUACGAGGACGGUUUCCAUGGCUGCAUGGUGUUUGCGAACCUGCCAAUGAUGUCGAGCGUCGGACGGAGAAGCACGAGGAACUACAUUCGCUGGCUGGACCAGAACCUCUGAGCAGAACUCCACACAUAUGGCAGCUGUUAGGGGAAUUUUUAAAAACUGGUGUUAAGAAAACCCAAAACAAAAGCAGCAGUGUAAACAUCUUUACACUGCAAAUAAACCAUUAUCAAGUAUUUUUGGUCCAGUUUCUAGUGCAAAUGUCUUAUUGCACACAAAAUAAGAUAAACUUGCAAGCUCUGAUAUCUUGCUGAAAGGUUUUCUUUAGCUUAUUUCAGGUCCGCUGCUGUAUUUAACUAGAACUGGACCAAAAAUACUUGGUGAGAUUUUGUGUUUUUGCAGUGCAAACGGACACAAUGAUCCCAUUUACUGCUUCAGAAAUGCUUUAAAAAAACUCACUGGAUCUGAAUAUUUUACUGAAAACAGAGCAAAAAAGAUAUUUAUGAAAAGCAAAUAUUAUUAUGAGUCAAUAGUUCGAGGAGGAGGGAGAAAUAUUUAUGGCUUAUUUAUUUCUUGAAAUUUCAAAAAAAAAAAAACUUUUUACGUAAGCUAGUUUUACACUGGAUUAAAAGAAGAUGAAUUCACACAUGCUUAAUAAAAAAAACAAAGUCAGCCACUAGACAAAAUGCAUAACGGAUCAGUGUUUUACUUUAUUCUCUGCACAAUUUAUAAACUUGUACUUUGGCACAUUUUAUUUGAUAUAUUUGUGAAUUAGUUUAUUUAUGUGCCGUUUUCCUGAUUUAUUUAUGUAUUUUAUUUAAAGAGUUAAUGUUUUUGAUUAAUUGACAUUUUAAUUGGACACAAUAAGGUGCCGUACAGCACAAAGCAGCUGAGCUUAUUCAAAUUACUUUUUGCAAUUAAUUAAAUUUGUUACACAUGAGACAAACAUACAUUAGUUAUAUAAUUUAAUGCAAUAAAUAUGGCCACUUAUUGACUCCUGAAAUCCAUAAACAUUGAAGUACAAAACAUGUUUAUUGUGUUUUUUUAAAAAAAUUUUUAUUUAUAACUCAGUUAUGAGGUGAGUUAUAACUUCACUCCAUCCUCACAAAACGUCUUUAAACUUUCGGAUUUACGCAUCUAAACUUAAGGUUACUGUUACUGUUAAAGUUGUGACAGUAAGUAAAGUGAUGAACUUUCAGAAACAAAAUUGUUAUUCAAACUGAAGCUACUCAAACGAAUGGCUAAUACCAAUUAGCUCUUUUAGCUAACUUGUAACCAAGCUAACGCUAACCUGACCUAGCUGCUACUUAUUCUAAACCUUGCUGUGUAAAAGUCCCUGAAGUGGUCAGCAAUGUUAACUAAAGGUUAGCAUUUAUUUUAGCUUGCAGCAAAAUAAUCCAACAGUUACCAAAGCUAAUGACAACUUGUGGUAAUAACUUAUUAGGCUAAUGACUGCUCAAACUUAAUAUUUUAUUUAAAAGCUACGCAAACUAAUACCUAACUUACUGAAUUGCUAGUCUGGGAUAUAGAUAGAUAAGCUAACAGCUAAACAAACUGAAAUGUAGUGAAGCUAAUGCUGGAAACUACUUCCCAGUUGGAAAAAUGAACUUGAAAUCCUCCCAAAGUUGGACUUUGUUGGCAAAUCUUUCCGUUUUAGCAUUUUAGCUAGCAGCAAUUUAGGCUAAUAGCAACUCAAACUAACAGUUGAUUAAAUAACAGCUACCCAAGCUAAUAACUAUUUGCGUUUGAAAGUAUUGAUGCUAACAGUUAGUUAAAUUUUUAGCUGCUUAAGCUAACAGUGAUUCAAGAUAAUAUCUACUGAAGCUAUUCUGCUCUAGCUAACAUCUACUCAGAGCUACUUAAGCUCGGUGCUGUUGAGGCUAGUGAUUUGUUAGGCUCACUGCUAGUUAUUAGCCACUCAAGCUGUCAAGAUUUUUAAACUAAAACUGGAAAACAGUUGCUAAAGAUAAUGACUUUAUGACCCAAGCUAACAGCUAUUGAUGCUAAAAGGUGCUUAGAGCUCAGCUACAUUUAAAAGCUCAUCAUUUGAAAGAACUUAACUUUAGAUUAAGAUAAGAUUAUAUUUUUUUUGUUUUUUUACUCUACUAAUUUUAUUUGAAACAUUUGUUUAUGUUUGUCUCUUUUUUUCUCGCCUGUGUUGCUUUGGAAACUGUAUUUUCAGUAUAUCUUAUAUUUGAAACUAUAUUUUUAAAUUUAAUCAGGCAACAACUCUAAGACUAAUGUUUGCAUAAUAAAAUAUAAUAUUCCUUUCCUUUUGUUCAAAGAGCAAGGAAGCUUUUUGACCUACAUUUUAAAAAAAAGAUGAUUUGACUUUUUGUCAAUGCAAAAUGCAAUAAUUCAAACAUUUCAUCUGCUUUCCUGUUUAAUUAUUAUUCCACUGUUUAAAAAUGGUCUGCAGGUUGAAGAUGAUGCACUUUGUAAAAGUAAAGCUUAAUAUUUUGAAUAAAGCUGCUUCCAGGUUGAAGAACGUCGACCUGCUCCGUAACAAAGCCCUCAGAGACUGCAGAGGUUUGCUGACACAUGUAACUAGAAGUCAGUGUGAGUUAUGUCUGUGUGUUGUAGUAAAAGUAUGCCAGAGUUCACAGCUGUGUAUACUCAGCAUUGUGCAAUACUGUGCGUCCCUCUCGCUCCUUAACGUGGAGAUCGCUGCAUGCAGGGCCAAGAUGAUGGCUGUGAAAUCUAUUAGUAGACUGCUGUACCGCCGUGAGAGAGCAGAUCCCCGGUGGGCUCUCAUGUUUCCUUUCUCCUCCACCGCUGUCCUAAAAACCAAUAAAAUAAAUGACGUCGGCCAGCGCCUGACGGACACGGCUCUGGCUGUGGGCCAGCAGCAGAACCGA